AUGGUCAAGUAUAAUAUGUAUGGGCGGGGCCUGCCACUCCGAAUGGCUAUUAUGUUUACCUGCCAAUUGGCAUUUAUCUUCUUCGGCUACGAUCAAGGCGUCUUCUCAGGAAUCGUCGGUAACGAACAAUUUCUCGAUGUAGUGCAUAAUCCCAGCGCGGGAAUUUUGGGAAUCAUCGUCUCAAUAUAUAACCUCGGCUGUUUCUUCGGUACAAUUGUUUCCUUUGCGAUUGGUGAUCGGCUUGGUCCACGGAAAUCUAUGUGGUUUGCUAUGGUGUGGAUCAUUGUCGGUGCUACGCUACAAACAGCUUCCUAUUCACGAGCCCAACUCCUCGUUGCCCGCUUUAUAACAGGUAUCGGUACUGGAAUCGAAACAACAACAGUACCUGUUUACCAAUCUGAACUCUGUGUGGGCAUAGUCAUUGCAUACUGGUUUGACUAUGGGAUGAGUUAUGUUGACGGGGAGAUUAAUUGGAGACUUCCCAUUGCUUGCCAGAUGAUCUUUGCUAUCAUGGUGAUUGUUUUGGUUUUUGGACAUGGUCGAGCAGAAGAAGCACUCGCUGUUCUUUGUGAUGUCUAUGAUAUGCAACCCGAUGAUCCGAAGGUUGUCUCCGAGUCCGAGGGUAUCCUUGAAGCUCUUCAACUUGAAACAUUACAUGGGGAAUACAAAUGGUCUCAGAUUCUAAAGCGGGAUGAGGUUCAAACUGGUAAACGUGUUCUGCUGGCUUAUGGUAUGCAAUUCAUGAAUCAGAUGGGUGGUAUUAAUUUGGUUGUGUAUUAUGUCACAUCAGUACUACAAUACAAUGUCGGAUUAACCAGGAAACUGAGUCUUCUCCUCGGAGGCGUGAUUCAAAUCAUGUUUGUCAUUGGAUCUUUCUAUCCAACCUUCUACUCAGAUAGAUUUGGUCGCAGAAAGCCCAUGAUGUGGGGCUCUUUCGGCCUCUUCAUCUCAAUGAUGAUGAUUGCCAUCCUACUCUCGUUCAAAGGAACAUCCAUCGAGAAGCCUGCAGCCUCAGCAUCUGUCGCAUUCUUCUUCCUAUUCAUGCUUAUCUUUGGAGCCUCUGUUAACUGUAUCCCGUGGGUUUAUGGACCGGAGAUCCUACCACUUCAUGUCCGCGCAAAGGGACAAGCAAUCGGAAUAUCAGCAAACUGGCUAUGGAAUUUCUUCGUGGUUAUGAUUACACCGACGUUGAUUGACAAUCUUGCGUGGAAGGGAUAUCUUAUAUUCAUGUGUUUGAAUCUGGUCUUUGUGCCGAUCGUUUAUUUCUUUUAUCCUGAAACGGCGAAUCUCACGCUCGAGGAGAUUGACUUCCUAUUUACCGAUCGGGCGAGACAUCCUUCUUUGCGGGCUAAUGUGGCGUCGGAUGUUAGUCCGGAUGCAGUGUGGGAGGAUCAUGCAAAGGAGAAAGAAUGA